ACUACAUGGACAGCAGCGGUUCAAGAAGACAGCUCACCAUCGCCUUCUCAACGGCAACUAGGGAUGGGCAAUAAAUGCUGGCCCAGCCAGCAAAGCCCACAUCCCAUGAAUGAAUGAAUAAAAAAGACUCAGCUCAGGAUGGACGGGCUGGGGUCAAGGUUGCUGUUAGGGGAGAGAAGCAGCCGCAGUAGGAGGGGCCGAGGAGGUGGGAAAACAACAGCCUCCCUCUGAAUUAAUUCUACCAACUGGCUCUCAAAUUCUUUUAAAGACACCAACACUUUGGUCUGCAGACAUUCUCAAGAGGGCUAUUAUUUUUUGACCUUCUGUGCAGUGUUGAGCAGGAGUACAGCCUUUGCAUUAAGAAAUAGAGGUGUUUGUAAGGUUUUCUUCAUCAAAUGGAGGGCAGUGAGACUAUGCAACUGGUGGAACUUGUCCAAGUAAAGCAACUGUCUCAGGGAAGACUAUAAUCAUAACUGGAGCAAACACUGGUAUUGGAAAAGAAACUGCUAGAGAACUGGCCAGAAGAGGUGGCAGAGUUAUAAUGGCAUGUCGGGAUAUGGGGAAAUGUGAAACAGCAGCUCGAGAAAUUCGAUGUGAAACCCUGAGUCAUCAUGUAUAUGCCAGGCACCUUAAUCUUGCAUCACUUAAAUCGAUUCGAGCGUUUGCCAAAAAAGUAACUGAAGAGGAAGAGCAUAUAAAUGUGUUAAUUAACAAUGCUGGUAUUAUGCGAUGUCCUUACUGGAAAACAGAAGAUGGAUUUGAAAUGCAAUUUGGUGUAAAUCACCUUGGUCAUUUUUUGUUGACAAAUCUGUUGCUUGAGAAGCUGAAGAACUCUGGAAACGGCCGCAUCAUAAACGUAUCCUCACUAGCUCACAAAGUGGGGCAAAUUGAUUUCAAUGAUCUCAACUGGGAAAAGAAAAAAUAUGACACAAAGGCAGCAUAUUGUCAAAGUAAACUUGCAAACAUAUUGUUUACAAAGGAGUUGGCUAAAAGACUUCAUGGAAGUGGGGUUACAGUCAAUGCUGUGCACCCAGGGGUGACGAACACAGAACUUGGCAGACACACAGGAAUGCAUAAAUCAAAUUUUUCUAAUACAGUAUUGGGGCCCUUUUUUUUGUUUCUAGUAAAAUCACCACAUUUAGGAGCACAACCCUCCAUCUAUCUGGCUGUAGCAGAAGAGUUGGAAGGAAUAUCUGGAAAAUAUUUCAAUGUUAAUAAACAAGAGGAUUCUGCUCUGCAGGCCCUGGAUGAUGAGACAGCCAGGCAUCUGUGGGAAAUGAGUGCCAAAUUAGUGGGACUGAAAAAUGACAAUUUUGAUCCACAAUUCCAAAAUAAUUCCACUGUUAAUAUGGACAAUGUCAGAACGGUCUAAUAACACAACAUUAGUAACAGCACCAAGGAAAAUGAUGAGUGUUUAAUCGUGCAUCGAAAGGUAACAUUUACUUAUACUGUAAAUCACUCUCUGGCAUAUUUUGAAUUAUUAGAUUAUUGCUUUUAAUUGUCUUAAGUAUUUGUGAUGCAACACUACAUUUGUUUACCUCUACCCAUCUGUGCAUUGACUAUAUUAUACUAUUUAGCAUAUUUAAAAUAUACACAAAUACACAAUUUCCUUUUAUGGCAGUACUGUGGUAGAAUGCAGAUUUGCACCCCAACUUCCCUAAGAUUUGAAUUGAUCCUGCAAUGCAAUUGGUGAGGCAGCAACUCCAGUGCUUCCUUAUAGAGAGAGAGUAAUAAAGACAAGUCAUUGGUUAUUGCUGGGCAACUUUUAGUAGAGGAUUGAAAGCAGAGACAUGUACACACACUUUAUCCAUUAUAGGUUAAUGCAUAUCACAAGUAUGGGAAAACCUAGUGAAAAAGAAAAAACUUUUCUCCAAAUGGAAGUGUAUAAACUGCUCUCAUAUUUCUCUCAGUAUUGAAGUGAGAUGCUGUUGUUUUAGUGUAAGGGCUGUUGUAAUUACUAGUAUUACCAACAGGUGUCUCUCAAUUGUUUCAUACUUUUUGUAUUAAAUUAACAUUAAAAUGUAUAAUCUUUUAUCAAUCAAAA